AUGUUCGCCUCACUGCUGCGAUCGAAGAAAAGCCACCCUUCGGAAACCACGCCUCUCCUUGCGGCCCUCAAUCGGUACCGCAACCGCCAACAUGGCGGCGACGAGGCUCAGGAGGACGACCCCGAGGAUAUAGCGCAGUAUGAGGGCGAGGAAGAGGACGAAGAGGAUGAAGACCGGCAGCGGGAUGGGCCGCUGCUUCCCGUCUUCUCCUCAACUUUCCUGGAUCGCAUACCAAUCUACAACACGACCCACGCCAUCCGCAUAUUACUUGUCCAGCGAUGCGAAACGACUCUUUCAUGGGACCAAUUGCGCUCCCCCCAGGUUUCGCAGUUCCUGGUCAAGCCCAUCCAGCAGCAGAUCCGCUCCGACCAUUUCUCGCGCGGGACCCUAUACUGCCUCCUUGCGAAUUGCUUGCAGUUCAGGAAAGAGAGUGAGGAAAACCCCGGCAACAUGGGAGUCAGCAAGACGCGAGCGCUUAUAUGCGAGCUACUGGCGAUGAGGCUACUCAAGGAGUUCUCCACGCGAGAGUUGAUCGAUGCGCUCUCCUACGACUUCGACCCCUUACAAGGCCUACAGAUGCCCACGGGUGGCGCCCAGAUACCAGGUGGAAUGAAUUGGUCACGACAAGCGCCCCGCUCUGCACGCAUAUCGGCUCUGGAAAUUGCCAUUCGCGCCCAAGCGAAGAAGUUGCUCGCACACCCACUGGUGGUGCGCCAACUCGAGGCCAUCUGGGCGGGGACCAUUGUCUUCCACUCGGCUGCCGACAACCUGCAUCGCAAGCCCGAUAGUUCGCAUCGCCGUAGCCCCCACAGUUCAGAGGACAUCUCGCCUGGAAGAGGCCCGUCUCGCCGUACACCCCCGAGCAAGCAGGAUGAUCAUCAAGCGCCAACUGCCGCGCUGCUGAGACGAACCGUGACCCUCUACGACCCCCAUGAAGCCUCGCUUUUCAAACUAUCGCGUUUACGUGUACCCCGAUACCGCAACCUGUUCUCCACGCUAUCCUUCGGUAUCAUGCUUGGAUUAUUUUUGGCGGUGCUUACGGAGAAGUCGGAUGACAUCACGGCGCUAGAAGUCCUGUUCUGGUUCUGGAGCGCCGGAUACAUGCUGGACGAGAUUGUCGGUUUCUCUGAGCAAGGCUUCGGCCUCUACAUUAUGAGUGUUUGGAACGCUUUUGAUCUGGGCAUUCUCCUAAUGUUCAUGGCAUAUUACAUCCUGCGCCUGUAUGGCAUUUUGAUGCCCGAUGUCGAUCAACCCCGAGUCGCUGCUAUGGCCUACGAUGUUCUUGGCUCCACGGCCGUUCUGCUCUUUCCCCGCCUCUUCUCGGCUCUAGAUCACUACCGAUACUUCUCACAACUGCUCAUCGCUUUCAAGAUGAUGGCUAUGGAUCUGGUUGCGAUUCUUGUCCUGAUCGUUAUCAGCUGUAGCGGCUUCUUCGUCGCAUUCAGUUUAGCCUUCAAGCGCGACCUGGGAGCUUCUGAUGCUGCGUAUGCCAUUUUCCAGCUUGUCAUGGGCUUCACGCCCGCAGCCUGGGAUCUUUGGGGCGAGAUGAAUAUCCUCGGGCGGGCUCUGCUUGCUUUGUUCCUCUUCAUCUGUCACUUCUUGAUUGUGACUAUCCUGGUUACUGUGUUGACGAAUUCGUUCAUGGCAGUCGUCAAGAACGCAGACGAGGAGCAUCAAUUCCUCUUUGCAGUCAACACGAUAUCCAUGGUCAAGUCAGACGCGCUCUUCUCCUACAUUCCUCCGACGAACAUCAUUGGAUGGCUACUUAUUCCGCUCAAAUUUCUGAUGCCUUUCAAGAAGUUUCUGCGUAUGAACCGGUCGGUGAUCAAGCUUACUCAUAUCCCGAUCCUGUUUACGAUAUUCGUCUACGAACGCCUGCUCCUGUCGCACCUCUCGUACGGUCCGACAGAUUUGGUAGAACAGCGCGGUAGACAGGCGGACCCGGUCCCAGCGUUCAGUAUCCGUGGCCCCGUGGAUCUUUUCAGCCCUCGCUUGCGUGAGCCGUCAGUCACAACUUUCUACAAGGAUCGGGCCCUUGAAGAAGUCUUUCGCCGGCCCUAUCGUGAUUCUAGCAUCCAAGCACCGCAAUAUCCUCAGGGCAGAAGGAAGUCGAGUAACGUGGUAUCUGAUUGGAUGAGGAAAAUGGCAAAUGACGAUGAGCAACAACCUCCUCAAGAAGAUACUCGUUCCGUGCUUGAUAGGCUGGAGAGUCGUAAAAGCAGCAGGCCAUAUCUGAGGCGCUCAAACACGGCGGCACAGCCUAAGCGAAGGCACCCGCUCGCUUCGACGCGUACAAUUAUGUCGGAUCCUGAUGAGGCAGUAAAUGCUUUCACACUACCGAUCGCAGAAGAGGAAGAACCAAGUGAGGUUCCGCAGCAGACUGACGCGGACGGUGAUGACGAAGACAAUGAUGCCGAGGAUGAUGGCGCAAGCUCAGCUCAGAUAACACCGCGUAUAGCUCAAGGCCCUGCUAAGGAAAAUCAACGGCCCAAGACAGGAUAUCAUUCUUCAGAUGAGGAGGAGUUCUUCCGUACGCCCAUGACUAUGCUGCCUAGGUCCCAAGCACGCACUCCGGCCAGGACUGCAUCGCGGAAGUCUUCCGUUGGACAGGCUGUGGUUCCCGGGGCAGCUCAGAGGAGUCAAAACACAUCUGAAUCGAGCUAUCUGGGGGCACAAGGCUCUCCUAGCAAAAAGCUUGCGCGUAAGAAGCCUGCGCACAACCGUAACAUCUCAACUAGUACAGUGCUUUUCAGUCCCACGAAGGAUGCGAUGCAACUGGCACGGUCAAUGUCACCCGAGCGUCGCCCCAAGACCAGCACCCGCAGCGGAACCGCAACCCCUGGCCGUAUGGACGGUUCAACUCUAGCUGGAGCCCGAACUCCGAAGCUGCCAGCGGCCAUGGGUCCACCCUCUCGUCCUCGCGCCAUCAUUCCCCCUCGCGGAUCUGGUCGUAACACGCCCAACAUCGCCAACUUCCUAUCCCUCGCCAACCGCAACCGCGAGCCCUCCUUCAACGCUGUAGCUCUUGACCUCGCCUCAGACAUCGGCGACAACAACCUCAACCCCAACUUCGCCAACCUCAACGCCCUCCCUGCAUCCUUCACCACGCAGUUCGAACUCGCUGCGCGCAUGAAGGCGGCGCGUGGGCGCAAGAAUAGCGAUACUGAGUCUGACUCGAAUCGCAUGAGUCGUAUUAUGCUGGCGAGGAUGACGACACUUGAAGAAGGAUUCCGCGAUAUGUUGCAAGAGGUCAAGGGCCUGAAGCAGGGCGAGAGCCAAGUUGGAAGCCGUGGGACGCACACGCCGCCGGGUGAGGCGAGCAAGAAGAAGGGCAAGGGGAAGAAGAAGAUUGGGGUGGCGAAGAAGGACUUUGCAGAGGAUCGUAUGGGAUCGAGUUUAUGA